GUGGCACUAUCUACCCGGCAUACUCCUAACAGCAAACUUGCCGCGUUGACGUCAGGCUGCGUGGGGGGGAGGAUUUAGUUGACGCCGGAGGUACUUGGUUCCAGAAGCUAACAGGCGGAGAGUGGCCCGGUGAGACCUUUCCUGCCUGGAAGCAGCUCGAUGAAUCCUAAAACAGACUGCGGGACUGCUCCCCCCUUCGCUGAUCUUGACGACCCAGCAGUGGAGCAGGAGCUCUUUCUGUCCAGCUCUCGUAGUCAAACAGAAGGUGGAGCACCCAUCUUGCUACAGCUGCUGGAGUUUAAAACUCAUCUGCAGGAGGUCGUCGAGGAGCUGCAUAUUCGAAGGGAUGCAGAGACGCGGUUUGAGGAUGAGAUCAGUAAGCUUGUGCUGGAGAAACAGGAGCUGGAGUGGGAAAAGGAAUCCCUUCAACAUCAAAUAGAGACCAUGACAAAACAGCACACAGAAUCACUCGGCUCUGUGAAGAAGACGUUUCAAGUCAAAUUACAGCACACUGAGGAGGAGAAGGGGAAAUACCAGGUCAGUGCAGAGCUAAAGGACAAGGAGAUUAACAAUUUAAAGGAAGAGCUGAAGUCAUUACAGUUGCUGAAAUACAACUUGGAGAAGAAAUCGAGUGAGCUGGAACAGAAGCUGGCCCUGCAGAGUCGGACAAAGGACAACCACCUGAAACAACUGGCAGAGGUGGAGAAAAGGUUCAGCGCCCUGUCCAAACAGUGCGCCAUGGUCAAGCAGGCUCAUGAUAAACUGGAGCAGAAUGUUGAUGAAGCUAUGAAGAUAAAUAACAAGUUGACGUCUGCCUGUCAAAAACAAGAAGAGAUGGUUGUUUCACUUAAGAAGGAGUUGGAGGAAGUCAGAAACAAGCUCAUCAAGGAAAAGAUGAAAUCAGUCAGACAUGAAAAGACCCAAAGUCCUUUAGGGAGGGAACAGCACGUACAGGAGCUGCAACAAAAACUCAACGCGGAGACUGAAAUAAACAAAAAACUCAGAGAGGAGUAUGUUGCUGAACGAGCAGAAAAGCAGAGGUUCAUGAGGUCCCUGCAGCACAACCAGCAGCUGCUGCUGAGUCAGACGCAGACAGUGAGGAGAAUCGAGCAGCAGCUAGAGAGUCAAACGAUGGUAUUUCAGGCCCUUAAGGAAGAACAUGAAGUGAUGCGAGAGAAUAGAAAGGCAAUCCAAGACAAAGUGGCAGAACUGACCGAGAGCCACGCUGCUUCCAAGGCGAGCUGGGACAAAGAGAGGGCAACAUUUCUGAAUCAGAUCCAGAGUGAGCAAUCAGACCUCCAGGAUGUGAAAGAGGCUUAUAAAGACCUUCAACAGAAAUGCUCAGAGCUGACCUUGCAGGCCAACUCUGAGCCACAGCGAACUGAAAAACCGGAGAUGAAAGACAACGGUCAGAGUCCUUUUGUUCCGACCCGGCUGUACUCCUCAGUCUCGGAUGGCGUUGCAGCUGAGGAAACUCCUAAUGACCCAAACUCCAGCUCCGGGCUGUCUGACCUCGACUUUCUGCCGCUCACCGUUUCCUCUCAGGACAAAAUCCCUGAUUGCCUGAAGGACACAGGAGCUGCUUCAAAGCUGGCUGCUACUGGAGCAAGUGGAGAUCAAGACAAUUCACAUCAUCAGCAAAACAUUAUUAAAAAUAGUUCAAAUCUCACAAGCAGUGUCCCUGAUAACUCGGAAAAAGCCACAGAAAGCUCUGAUAUGAGUGAUUUAAUUGGACUUGGUGAGAGUUACCUGAGCAACUCUACCUGCCUUAGCACGCCAAUCCCUGGGUGUGGUUCCCUGAAUGGAUCUACAGAAAUAUUAGAUAGUGAAACAUAUGAAGAGAAGAACGUUGGAAAGAAUGAGAAAGAGCAGGGAGGGGAGGACAGCAAACAGGAAACCAGCAACACGGACCAGGAGAGAAAAAAGGUAUUUCAAGCAGAUGAUGUGAAAAGUGGUAGCAAUGCUGGAGAAAAAGUGACAAGCCCGGUUCAAACAGCAGAUAGAGCAGAAAUCCACAGGGGUCCCGAGGGGUCUGCAAAGGCAGCAGAGAGGAUCAGUGAUCCAGAAGCAGAAACAAGAGAUAGAGGAGAGGGAGAAGUAACAGAUGGAGUGAAAGAGAGAGGACAGACAGCAGAGCGUGAAUCAGGAACUCCAGAAACGCAGAUACCAGCUCUCACAGCUGCUGAUACGACUGAAGCGCGCCUCACUGAGCAGGUCAACGACUUCAUGGUUACUGAGCCGCCGACAGCCGUCUGUGAACCCCUAAACUCCACAAGAAGCGUUCCUCAGAAAGUCACAGCAGAGGACGUAAAUCUAAACGACGACUUCAGUGUCAACACAAAAGAUGAACAGCCAAGCGUCAGCGCUGAAGAUGCGCUUCAUAACAAUCAGUCGACCCCACUUUGUCCGAUUCCAGGAGGCGAGAACCCAUCCAGGGAAACAUCGGGUGCUUUUCCCGCUGAAUACGUCCAGGAGCUGCAAACAGAAACUAAAAGAUGUAAUCCCUCACGCGCCGAUGUGGCCCAAACAGAUGAAAAUACCGAUGCACCUGCGAGUAAAGAGCCCGAAUUAACGAGAGAACCACCGCAGGAAAUCUCAGCAAAGCAGAGUGUGCCGCUGACAUCCGCUGUGGCUAAUGGUGAAGAGGAGGCACAAACGAGGAAGGAAAGUCAGCUAAACGUAAACACACGUGAAACUUCACAUAUACUUUCCUCAGCAUCCAGUUUAAAAGAUGCAUCCGUGGAGGCUAUCCUUCUACCAGGUGUUUCAACAGGAAACAUUCUGGGGAGCACAGAAACCAACGUACUGAAAGAUGUACGAGACACGGAAAUCGCCGGAAACAGAGGCGAUUUGAAGCUCUCUGUUCAGCCAAGUCGUGGCAACAAUGAAUCAUCACAGACUGAGUGUUUGCAACUUUUCCCGAAAGCGCCAAAGGAGAAGAGAGCUGAAGCUUCGUUCGAUUUGUCCCUGAUGAGCAGAAAGACGUCCAGGCCUCUGUUUGAUUGGGGGUCGGCUCAGAGGGGGCCCUUCAGCUCCAGGCUAAAGUCAGACGGCUCCGUGCUCCACAGGUUAACCCAGGGAACAAAUAUGUCUGGGCUAGAUACCGGAGGACACCCCCAAAGCACAACUCACACCCUCAGCGAAAGCAGACAAAACAAAGGUGAUGGCUGA